UUCAAGGUUACUAACCCAGGAACAGAAACGUCAAAAUAAUAAGAAAUGAGAACAACUACGAUUCCAAAUAGUGUGAUUAAUCCAACCACUCAAGCAAACAAGGAUUAAACCCGCUAUUGAAAAUGCUUAACAAACAACUUGUUGCUUUGCCGACAUACUUCCGCCUAAUAGAGAACAUGUAAUAUUUUAAAGCCAUUGCUUGCCAUAAUUUAUAAUGUAUAAACCUCCUCAAAAUAGCAAUAGAGUCAAAUCAAUUAAAAGCAAAUUUGAAAAUAUAAAUAACAAAAAUGAGCAGUAUUCUUGCAAAACUAAACCAGCUAGUAAUAACUUAGUCAAUUCAUCCCUAACUGAAAGCAAAAAACUGAAAGAAAUUCCAUAUACAAAUUUACAGAAUAUAGCUGGAUCCAGUCGACCUGUACAUCAAUCUUUGAGUCGACAAUUGUCUGAUCCUUCUAAAAGAAAUAUAAAACGGACGCCUGCUUUUCGAGUGGACAAGAAUUUGGAAAAUGGAUUUACAGUUAAGAAAAAUGAUUGUACUACAAAUAAACUAUUUGAAACAAAAAUUAAACAAUUUAAUAGUGCAAAGAGCUCGGAGAAAGCGGAUAAAAGCAUAGACAAGCAUAUUAGUAUUGAAACUAAUGGUAAUUUAGAUAUUUGCAAUAACUUAGGACUGUCCAAAAAAGACUUUUUAAAUUGUACAAAUAGCAGCUUAGAUAAUAAUUUGAAUAUUACUAAACAAGACUAUAAGACUGAAAAAUCUAAUAUAAGAAGUAUUACACCAGCUUCUAAAAGACCUUCCUUAAUAAAAUCUAAAAGUUCCCAUGAUUUUCACUACAUUAGAAGUAAAUUUGAUAGCAGAGUAUCUUCAUCAGAAAAUUAUAUUAAAAACUCUGAAGUAUUAAAGAAAUCUCAUAUCACUAACACUAAAACAAAUGGAAAGGAAAACAGUUAUAAAAAUAUAAAUGGCAAAGAAGAAGCUUUAUUAAAUGAUGUUGAUUUGUCUCUUUUGUAUACAGAGCCUAUACCUAAAGCAUUACGCCAUCAAAAUUCAAAUAUUUCCACAUCUGAUACCAAAUCACAUUUACAUUCAAUUGAUAAUAUUUAUUCAAAAAGCACACUGCAAUUGACAGACUCUAACAAAAAGGAAUUUAUUGAUUCACUGAAACAAAUAUUACAAGACUCACAUGGUGAUUUAACAGAUACUUUAAAAUUAGCUCUUAGCAAACCACUCCCUGGAGGGCCUGCUCCUAAAAAGCCUCCAAGGAUAUUUAAACAUCCGAUUGAAGUUAUAACGAAUAGCUUACAAAAGAAUUCAUCAUUUUUACAUUUAGCUCAAGACACAGAUAGAACAAAGGAGGGAAAAAGUGGAAAGAAGGGUGAUGCAAAAUAUAUGCUUAAUAAGUUGGAAACAGCAUUGAAAAAUAAUAAACUAAGAUCAAAAAAUCGUCAAAAAAUAGAUGUUUCAACCACAUCUGGGGAAGAUAGUGAUGAUAGCUUAUUGUUUCAAAGCAAGUCUAGAGAAUUGCCAAAGCUCCCUGGGACUCAUCAAAUGUCAUUAAAUUCUAGUGACAAUGAUACUCAACAGAAUUCACUUCUUGGUGAAUUUAAUUGUUUUAACUCAUUUGCAUGUGGCAACGGGGCAUAUGAAAGAGUUAGUCAGCCCAGCUCCUCUUUUUUUGUGGAUAUGGUAAAUGAACCUAUAUAUGCUGAGCCUCUACAAUCAAAGAUAAAUUCAGAGACAAAUGGAAACCAUCGAAAUAGUUUAUACUAUAUGAGCACUCCAUUAAUAAAUGGCAAUAAUCAAAAUGAGGAGAGUACUAGGACAUCUUGCACUACAUUAAAAAUUGCUUCUGACAACUCAUCGCUCUCUUCAUUCGCAUCUGAUGUUGAAACUACACCUAGUCCGACUGUCGAUGAUCAUCAUGCGAAAAUUCGUUGGCUUAUUGAAAACUUUGAAACUGAUAGACGACGAACUUUACCAGCCAGGUUAAAAAGGACAGACGAUUCUCCAGGAUUUUCGGGGACUAACAAAAUUGAAAAGCUUAAAAAUUCAUUAAAACUGUCAUCAGUUCAUGUACUAAAUAAUGUCACAAUGAAUCCGAAUCCUAGAAAUCUACCCAAAGAAGGCAGCCGCCAUGACAGUAAAAUAGCGGAUAUCAUUACCAAAUUUCAGACCUACCAAAGAACAAUGCCAAAAUAUCAAAAACCUAAUGUAAAUAAAAACACGCUUUUUUAUUGCUGCCUCAUCAUCGAAAAAGUACAAGACUGUGCUCAAAUAAAAUUCAAAUAUCCACCUCAGGUGGAAGUCCCUCGCGAAAUUGAAUAUCUUUGUUUUCCUGAAAAUCCGAAUAGUCCUCCCCUAGAGGGCAGUAGUGCAGCUCAAGCUUACACGUUAUUAAUUACAAGUGAUACUGGAGAAAGGACUUACGGAUAUUGCCGAAGGGUCUUACCUGAAGGAUCCUCACAUUGUCUACCUUUGGCUUACUGUAUUUUAAGUAAAUAUAGAGCACCUAGAUUUUACCAGAAGAUACUCUUAGAACUAGAAUCUCGACAUGGUAUGCAAAACAAGCAUCGUGAUAAUUUGAUAAGCCAAUUUUAUCACAAAAAAUUCCCUAAACCUGGACAAAGCAUAGUAAUAAAUUUGUCUUCCAUUGAACCACGUGAUACUGAAUGCCAUAAUAGGUUUGAAGACGGCCUAGACCUCACAAGUUAUAUACAUGUCAACAAAACUGGAGAAUAUGGAUGUUUAAAUAGUGCUAAAAAAACUGACAUAUUUAUUUCAAAGAAUGACUGGCAAGCAUCAAAUGAAAAUCCCAGUUUUGUCUCAUAUGAAGGUUCCAAGACAGAACUCGUUUUAACAUUACAUAUCGAUAUGCGGUAUGAGGAUGCUGAUUUGAAACGACUACAUAACUUACCAUCUGAUAUUCUACUAAAAAUAUUCUCAUCUCUGUUAUUAGAACGAAAGGUUAUUUUAAUAAGUUCAACAAUCAGCGAUCUUUCAUCAUGUGUUGAUUCUUUGCAAAGUAUAUUAUAUCCAUUCACGUGGUACCAUACGUUUAUUCCAAUACUACCAGAAUCUCUUUGGGAUAUUGUGGAAAGUCCUACACCUGUAGUUUGUGGUGUUUUGUCCCCUGAAGCUGUUCUCAAUAGGAAAAUAGAGAAUGGUAUUGUAGUAAACCUAGAUACUAAAGCGGUAUUAUCAGAAGAAGGAGAUGAAACGAAGAUACUAAGUGGAAGUAUGCAAAAAGUUUGGAGGCAGUUUAUGACAUUAGCAAACAACAUAAGAACUCAAGAAUAUGUCUACUCUUCUUAUUUAGCUAAUGCAUAUCUCUAUGUUUUUAUUUAUUGUUUGAAGAAUUACAAAGAAUGUGUUGUGGAUGGUCAAUUUUUGAAGGAUCAAUUUAUGGCAAAUGGAAAAACAAAAGGUGUAAGGCGUUUUUUAAAAAUGUUUACAGAAACGUGUAUGUUUCACGCCUUUAUGGACACAGCUUUAAAUAAUCCUGAAAGCUUGACAGAUUUUGACAAGAAAAUGGAACUUUAUGGAUCUGAUGAUAGUCAUGUUGUUAUAGAUAAGCUUAUUGGCUGGAAAAAAUAAACUUCAGUAGGAAGACAUCAGCUUUACUACUUUAAUUGACAAUUUUCUAGACUACUAUUUUAAUUCAGUGAACUGACAAAGAUAUAUGUAUAGAUUUUCUUCUAUAAUUAUAUGUUGAAGAACAAUGAUCAGUGCUGUAACAAUUCCAAAAAUGAAUUUGAUGAUACAUCAAGAACAAGACAAAUUGUUCACUGCUCUUUUUAAUCAAUUUAAUCAGUGAUUAUAAAUGUUAAUUAUGUUUAAUUAUAUUUAAAUAUGUUCAUUAUAAAGCAACAAUCCUAUUUUUUAAUUGUUUCAGUGUUUUUGAAGUUGUUACACAAUAUAUUUAUAAUUAAGUUUAUGUUUGUAUUAUCAAUGUUUUAUAUAUAUGUAUGUCAUAUGUAUAUAUUUUUCUAUUUAGAAAUAUAUUUUUUAAUAAAUACAUGCUUUUUCAGGCUCCUAUCCAUUUUUGUCAAAAAUCUAAAUAAAUAAUUACAAAACAAGAGGCAUAUCCUUCUUAGAAAAAUACAGGGUCCGGCAAUAGUGCGUCGGGCAUCUGUAGCUCCUAAACUUGAGAAUUUUGUUUAAGUGCAUACCUGAAGUAUGUACCAGGAUGUAUUUCAGGAAAAUAUUUUAACUUCUAUAGAGU